AUGCGGCAGUCCUUCUUCGGCUCAGCCUCUCUACUUGUUGGGUGCGCUCUACUUCUUCCCAGUAGCGCACUCGAUUUGGUUCGCAGACAACAGGCAGCCAAUGCAACCUACAAGGAUGCUUCCGCUCCAGUCGAGGACAGAGUGGCAGACCUUCUUUCCCGUAUGACCAUCGAGGAAAAGACUGCUCAGCUCAUCCAAGGAGAUAUCUCGAAUUGGAUCAAUGUCACCACCAAUGUUGUCAACGAGACUGGUCUCGAAUGGAACUUCCGUGUCCGCGCAGGCCAGUUUUAUGUCGGCUAUCCGAUACCUGCAGAGUGGAUCAGCAAUGGCGUCAAAAUCGGUCAGGACUACCUUUUGCAUAACACGACAUUGGGUAUCCCGGCAUUGGUUCAGACCGAAGCUAUUCAUGGUUUACUCGUGGGUAAUGCGACCAUCUACAACAGUCCGAUUGGGCAAGCAUGCUCGUGGGAUCCGCAGCUCAUACACGACAUGGCCGUUGCGAUUGCGAAAGAAUCAGCACCUCUCGGUAUCAACCAACUGUUCGCACCAGUCGCAGAUCUAGCGCGUGAGCUGCGUUUUGGAAGAGUGGAAGAGACGUACGGCGAAGAUGGAUUCCUGGCCGGCGAGAUGACAUAUGAGUAUGUCAAAGGAGUACAAAGUCUGAACGUUAGCGCCACAGUCAAGCACUUCGCCGGCUUCAGCAACCCAGAGCAGGGCCUAAACACCGGACCAGUUCAUGGAGGUGAACGUGAGCUACGAACCACAUGGCUACCGUCCUUCCAUCGUUCUAUCAUUGAUGCCGGUGCUUGGAAUAUCAUGGGUGCUUAUCACUCUUACGACGGAAUACCUUCGAUCGCCGAUGGCCAUAUGCAAGAAACCAUUCUACGCGAGGAGUGGGGCUACAAGUACUGGCUGACUUCGGAUGCGGGAGCCACUGACAGGCUUUGCUGCAGCUUCAAGUUGUGCCAAUGUAAGACAGAAGACACGCCAAUCGACAGUGAAGCAGUGACACUCAUGGCCCUACCAAAUGGUAACGAUGUGGAGAUGGGUGGAGGCUCAUACAACUAUGCCAACAUCCCUCGCUUGGUCGAAGAAGGCAAGCUGGAUAUUGAGAUUGUCGACAGAGCCGUAAGCCGUCAGCUUCGAGCGAAGUUCGAAAUGGGUCUAUUCGAAAACCCAUACCAAGGUCUCUCCACGAACGCGACUGAGUCCAUUAUCCACCCUGAAGAACAUGUCCAGCUUGCCAGGACGCUUGAGGCUGAAUCCAUCGUCUUGCUCGAGAACAAGAACAGCACCCUGCCACUCUCCAAGUCUGCUAACAUUGCCGUCAUUGGGCCCAUGGCGAACAUUACAAACCUGGGCGAUUACGUGGUCUACCGCUCUCAGUACAACCCCACCAAUGUCACUCCAUUGCAGGGCAUCCAGGGUGCUGCCAGUGGCACAGUAACGUACGCUCAAGGAUGCGAACGCUGGUCAAAUGACCAGUCCGGCUUCCCCGAUGCGGUGGCUGCGGCUGAGGCUGCUGAUGUUGCAGUAGUAGUUGUCGGCACCUGGUCGCGUGAUCAGCAGGAGCUUUGGCAAGGUCUGAACGCCACUACUGGUGAGCAUGUAGAUGUCGCAUCACUCAACCUUGUCGGCGCUAUGGGCGAGCUCGUUCAAGCCAUCAUCGAGACCGGCAAACCUACCAUCGUCGUGUACUCCUCUGGAAAGCCCGUCACAGAGCCCUGGAUUUCCGACAACGCAGCCGCCCUCCUCCAGCAGUUUUACCCUGGUGAGCAGGGUGGCAACGGAUUGGCCGACGUCCUCUUUGGGGAUGUUACCCCCUCCGGCAAGCUUUCUGUCUCUUUCCCCUACGAUGUCGGUACACUACCGAUCUACUACGACUACCUGAACUCUGGUCGCUCUACCGACGCCGGGGCGAUUCUACCAAACGGCACCCUACAGUUCGGCCACCAGUACGUUCUCAACAACCCUCAGCCAUUAUACGAGUUUGGUUACGGUCUCUCCUACGCCAACUUCACGUACUCCAACGUUACCCUUUCGAAGACCGAGGUCAGCGCGAGCGAUAAGAUUACCGCGACUGUAAGUGUGACCAACGAGUCACCUGUGGACGGCAAGGAAGUAGUGCAGGUUUACGUACAAGACGUCUUCGCCAGUGUCGUUGUGCCCAACAAGGAGCUCAAGGGCUUCAAGAAGGUUAUGAUCAAGGCUGGAGAGACGGUGGAUGUUAGUGUAGAUUUAGAUGUCUCCAAGUGGGGCUUGUGGGACAGGAAGAUGCAAUAUGUGGUUGAGAAGGGAGACUUCAUUGUGCAUGUCGGUUCGAGUUCCAUGGAUUUGAGGGGUAAUGGAACGGUUACGGUGGUUUGA